GGCCUGUCAGGCUUUACAUCGCAGCGGCAUACAUAGAUGUCCUCAGCAAAAGGCUCGCAUUCGAUCUCGCAUGAGACUCUGUUCAAUGCGUGCUCUAUCAGCCUUUACAUACCUGACGCCUCAGAGCUGCCAGCAGAGGGAGACGAACCAGACAGUGAAUGGCCAAAUGAUCUUUCCAAGACUACAGCUCGCAAAGUCGCUUUCCUAGAUGAGAAGCUUCUGUAUUUUGUGACUUUGACUGUCCUUUCUCAUCAUCUCCCAUCCAGCUCGACAUCUCCACCGCCAGAGCUGCUUCGUUUCCUAUCUUGUCUUCAGUUGAAUCUCAACUCUUCCUUUAUUCCGCCGUUGCCCGCCAAACCGACCUCUUUACGGGAGCAACAAAAUGCCCCUCCAUCCUCAGUGCCAGGAACCUCAAUGCUCGCACCGGGGGCUGGCGAUGAUACGGUCUCUGGGGCUACUACGCCUAUCGCCAGCACCUCGGGUCACCUACCAUACACUCCUAACCCAUUCCCUGUGAUGAAGGAAGGCGAAGGGCAGUAUGCGACGAGCGAAGGCGCGACUGUCUGGGAGGGCCCGGUUGAAAUGUCGGGGAGCGUUAUGAGAAAGGUCGCUAGAAGAGAUAAGGUCUGGGAAGCAACAUGGAAGGGCGAGGUACCUGUCGCCUAUGUUAGGACUCAAAUCCAGGAUCCUUUACUGAGUGUCACUGUUUCCGUGACUUUGCGCGACACACCUCAACGUUCGCCGAACGAUUUGGAUGAAGGGCCAGCCGAGAUCGAGCAUCACGGAGAUGAUGCAGACAUCUUAGCUGGAAUGCAAGACAUCGAUUUGCUUGGUGGUCUGACGGACGGUGGCAUCGUACCUAGUUCUCGCUUAGCACAUAGUAUACAGCAAGACCUAUCACUCCCAAUCGAUAUAUCUCAUCAACCGCAUACCUCGAUUUCUAUCCCAUCGAAUGGAUCAACAAAUGCAGCUCCUUCCACUUCCAAAAUCACACCACCUACAUCCGGCCUGAACCGCCAACGCGGGCUAUCCAUCUCGAUCAAACCAACUUCCACACCUAUUAUUUCGUCUGUCCUCCGCAAGUCCUUCCGACGGGUUCUGACUCUCUCGUCUGGUCUUCGCGUUCGUAUGCGGACAUUGUUCCUCCCACAACUUCUGGCUCCCGUGACGCACGCCGAUGCCGCUCACGAAGACACGCACGAGGGCGAGGGAGAGCGCCGCGUGGCCCUCUGUGUAGAGGUCGAGAACCCUCCAGAAUCGUCUUUGGAUUUCUCUUUCGAUAUUGAGACAGUAUCUGUGGAGGUUGGCGGCAAAGGAGGCAAAGCCACCGCGGAGCUGGUCUGUCAACCCGAGCAAAUUGACCCGGCGUCUCCACAAACAUCAUCUGGAUCCGUUUUCCCGCUCAAAUUAGAUCCGGUGGAGCAAUACAAUCUUCUGUACAGCGUGUCCAUCUCAUCGGCGCCAGAAGAUCGAAGCGGACAAGAUAUAGAGGAGGCAUUGGCAAGGGACCUCGGUAAAGGGGAUGAACAGCGACCUGUAGCGAUCAUAGUCACUGGUCGACCGUUCUCCGGUACGAUUUACCCCACCAAGUCCUUUCAAUCUCGGUGGAACUGUACCCUUGAUCUCACUCCCUUUUACGCAUCGACCUCCGCGGGAUCACUCCCUGUCCCGAGUAUUCCUGAUGUCGAAUCGAGAAAUCGCAAUUCCAAAACUAUCGCCUCGCCACCUAAUGCACUUGUAGGAGACAAGAGGUAUUCUCUAGCUACACUCGCGUCGAAUCGUGCUCCACCCACCCGUCAACCAUUGCCUCGAGUGCCUUCGAUGGCUGUGACCUCCCAUCCCGCUUCGAGGGUAGCGUCUGUUGCCUCGGCUCCGAGAGAGCAUCAAGGUUUGAUGGUUUCCGUCAAGGUCUUGGCUCCUGAAACGCACGGCAAAGUGGUACCUCUCGAGCCUUUCAGUCUGGAAAUAUUCGUACACAACCGAACCGACGAUGUCAGAAGGUUCAGGUUGAGUAUGCCUGGACGAGAUCUCGGUAAUCGCGUUCGCGAGGUGUGGGAAAAGCGAAGAGUCCGUGGGCAUGAAGAGCCCAGCUGGGGCGUCGACGACCCAAUCCUGCGUCAAAUCCUACUGCAACACUUGUCUUCUUCGCCCGCGUUGAUCCCGUUGGAGAAUGAUGUUCGUUGUGGACCCCUCUUUCCUGGCGCGAGCAUGUCUGCUCGUGUCCGCUUCAUGGCCCUCAGGGAGGGUGUACAUAAGCUAGAAAAGAUGCGAGUUACAGGAAUCAAUGAAGAUCUAGAUUUUGUCAUGAGUCCCGUUAUCGAUGUUGUUGUUGGGCGGGCAGCUUGAGUUUCUAUGAGGCGCGAUUAGCAGUCAAGAUGCAUGCGCUU